AUGGGCUGCGUCAUCGAAAAGGCAGAAGUGCUGGAUGGAGCUCACUUGAUGCGAAUCAUCUGGCAGGAUGGUACAGACUCUAUCUACCCAGCUGUGUGGCUCCGGGACAACUGUCAGUGUCCCGACUGCUACCUUGAUUCGGCAAAAGCACGGAAACUUCUUAUCGAAGCUCUUGAUGUGUACGUCGGGAUCAAAGAUUUGAUGUUUGACAGGAAAAAGGUUCAUAUCAUGUGGCCAAAUGACCAUCACAGUGAAUAUGGAGCUGAUUGGCUGAAGAAAAGAUGCUUUUCACAGCAGGCCAGAGAAAGACUCCAGAAAGAAUUGUUUUUGCCAGAGUAUCAAUACUGGGGCUCAGAGUUCCAGCUGCCUACUCUGGAUUUUGAAGAUGUUUUAAAAGAUGAUGAGCACGCAUACAGGUGGCUCUCCAGCCUCAAGAAGGUCGGCAUCGUGCGACUCACAGGAGCAGCUGACAAACGAGGAGAAGUUUUAAAACUCGGGAAAAGGAUUGGUUUCCUUUAUCUCACAUUUUAUGGACAUACUUGGCAAGUGCAAGACAAAAUCGAUGCAAACAAUGUGGCUUACACAACUGGGAAGCUAAGCUUUCACACUGAUUAUCCAGCCCUCCAUCAUCCACCUGGGGUUCAGCUUCUGCACUGCAUAAAGCAAACCGUCACUGGGGGUGAGUCAGAAAUUGUAGAUGGAUUCAAUGUAUGCCAAAAGCUCAAGGAAAAAAAUCCUCGAGCAUUCCAGAUUCUGUCCUCCACCUUCGUGGACUUCACAGACAUUGGAGUGGAUUACUGUGAUUUCUCUGUACAAUCCAAACACAAAAUUAUAGAAUUAGACGAUAAAGAUCAAGUGGUUCGUAUCAACUUCAAUAAUGCAACUAGAGACACAAUAUUUGAUGUACCUGUCGAGAGAGUUCAGCCUUUCUAUGCUGCUCUGAAGGAGUUUGUUGACCUCAUGAACUGUAAAGAUUUCAAGUUCACUUUCAAGAUGAAUCCAGGUGAUGUGAUUACCUUUGAUAACUGGCGCUUACUUCAUGGCCGACGAAGCUACGAAGCCGGAACUGAGAUAACCCGCCAUCUAGAAGGCGCUUAUGCUGAUUGGGAUGUGGUCAUGUCAAGGCUACGUAUCUUAAGGCAGAGUGUCCAGAGUAGAGACUGA